UACGUAUUAUUUGGACGACUCAAACUCCCCAUUUGGGCCACUCAUCGGCCAGACAUACCAUGGCUGUUGACGAUGGCCAUCCCUACUUUCCGCGGGAUACCGCGAUCUCGGGUUACGCGGCGAAUACUGCACCUCUCCUGUCCAUACUGGCCUCAUUUGGGGGAAUUACCGGCGCUUUUGUGCUCGGUUGUGUCAUUCUCGCCAAAUGGCAUAGCCCGGCAUUGAAGAGGGGAGAGCAGUUGACUAUUGCCUGGUUUUCUCUGUGCGGCUUCCUGCACCUUUUCUUCGAAGGCUACUUCGUCCUCAAACACGCCACCAUCCCCUCCUCCCAGUCCCUCUUCGCCCAACUCUGGAAGGAAUACGCCCUCUCCGACUCCCGCUAUCUGACCUCGGACCCCUUUAUGCUCUGCAUAGAGACUCUGACCGUCUUGACAUGGGCGCCCCUCUCCUUCGCCACGGCCCUGCUCACGGCGCGCAACAGGCCCCGAGAACAAGGCACCCGCCACCUGCUGGAGGCCGUCGUCUGCGUGGGCCACCUGUACGGUGUGGCACUGUACUACGGGACGUGCGGCUUCGCCGAGCACAUGCGCGGCCUCUCGUACAGCCGGCCCGAGGCAGUGUAUUACUGGGGGUAUUAUGUGGGCAUGAACGCGCCUUGGGUCGUUGUUCCUUCUGUUCUGCUUUGGCAAAGUGGGAAGGAUAUUCAGGCGGCGUUUCGGCGGGUCGCGGAGGAGAUGGAGGGGAGAAAAGGGAGAUGAGGGAGAGCAGAAAGGUCGGUGUGCUAGGAAGGAUAUGAACAGUGCAACAGGUUGACAAGGGCCUUGGUUUGCUUGAGGAGCUAGAAGGUAGAGGCAGGUGGACCAUGGGUGCGAUGAUUCAUCAAUUGCCAGAUAUAUAUUAGUAUUUCCUACACCGAUAUGCCCAUAGUCGCGCCGGUCCUUCUACUACUAUAUACAAAGGAAG